AAAGCAUGCAAUAUCAACGACACGAUCUUGCCCUUCACGGUGUUUUUAGCUAUGUUGAACCUCGAGAUCUCUAUAUUUGUGCGCUUGUAAAUAUAGAAUGGAAUCAAUACGCUACAUCGAAAUUGUGGCGAUAUCCAAAGUUCGGUACUGGUAGUACAACAGCUCUUCAGUCUUUCCAAAGAUUCCUCAUAAUAUUACCAAAUAUUGCGAGAGAGCAAACUCGAUUAUGUGUAAUUACUAUUGAUGUUAGUGAAGUGCAAGAAACUUUAUAUGACGCAGUCGACGAAAAUUGGUUAGGAAUUGCUGUUCUACGGUGUCCGAAUUUGAAAGAAUUAAUUAUUCGUGACGUUUCAUUUCUUUCAACAAUAUCAAUACGCAAGUUAUGUUAUAUGAAAGUUUCUAAUAAUUUUAUUGAGAAAUUGGAUUUAACUGGAGCUAAAAGUAUUACGGAAUCGACUAUGAAAGCUCUAGUUCAAAAUUUUCCAGAAUUGAAGCAUAUCAUACUUGACAACUGUUCUGGAGCUGCGGAUGGUUCAGUAUCUCAGAUUGCAUAUUUUUGUCACAAUCUUGAACAUGUUAACUUGGCGAAUUCUCGUUCCAGUCUUACAGAUGUUGGUUUAUUUGCUCUUGCGAAAUUUGAAAAACAAAAGUUGAAGAGCAUAGAUCUGACUGCAUCAACAAAAGUUACCGAUAAUGCAAUAAUUGCAAUGGCGACCCAUUGCACAAAAUUAGUAUCAAUUAAUUUUAGUAAUUGUGCUCUUAUUACAAUUCAGGGAUUAGAAAAAUUGAUCGCCUCUAAUAAAAAUACGCUUGAACAAUUAAUAAUCCAUAAUAUGAAAUCGAUCCCUGAUUUGACAUAUCCUUUUCUCGAAUUACUUACUAAUCAUUGUUCCCAGUUGACAACAUUUUCGUUCACGUUUACUUCAAUUGCAAAUAUUAAGAUCGAAUUUUUAGUUGACAUAUUCGAUAAGUUUCAAAAUUUAAGGGAAUUGGUUCUUUAUUAUGUUCCUGAACAUACACCAAAUUUAUUUAUAUGGAAAUUAAUCGAGAAAUGUAAAUCACUUAAAGAAAUUAAGAUAUACAGGACUAGUUAUGAAAGUGACUUUAUUUUAGGUGGAUAUACUAAAGUUUUGGAAACUGCAUGCGGCGGGAUUAAUCAACCAGCUGUCGAAGAAUUCAAUUUUUCUCAUCCUAAUGGUCCAAAGGUCAAUUUAUUCUUAUUAGAAGAAUAAAUCAAUCAAAAGAUAUUAUGAUUUUUAUGAUUUAUGUAAUAUAUGUAAUAUUAUGU